CAGACUCUUUCUGACCAGACUCGGCAAGGCCGCUGCACGAGACCGCUGACGAUUACGGACGCCCUUUAAACCACUGAAGAAGAAGAAGAAGAAGAAGAGGAGGAGGAGGAGGAGGAGCAUGGACGUGCAGAUGUUUCUCUGAUCACAGAGGUUGGUGUGAGACAAGAGGACCGGGAGUCUCAGCGCGUGUGAUGAUGGAGAGACACGAGACUGCAGGACUGACGAGGACCUGAACCUGGAUCUUUUGCAGAGAUCAGAGCAUCUGUUUCUGGACCCGGAUCUUAAUGAGAGGACCUGGACCUGGAUCUUAAACAGGGACCACUGUGCGGGGUUCUGACAACGUGUGUGUGUGAGUGUGUGCGUGCUCGCGCGCGCGUGAGUGAGUGUUGGCUCUGGACCUGCUCACAUCCGGAUGUGGAUUUAAACCUGUGGGGUCUGGACAAACAUGGGUCCAGGUGGGACGGAGUCUGGCUUUGAAUUAAGUCAGUCCUGAUUUUUAAAAUCACAUCAUCAUCUGAAUUUCUUCUCUGACUCCGCCUGCGUCUCUGCGCCUCGCGCUCCGUGAGUGCGUGACGCGGCGGGAGCCUGAUGGUGCGGACGCUCGGCGCACGGUGCUGGUUCGAGGCGCUGAUUGUUUGUCUUCGGCACGGACACGUGGAAGCGGCGAUGAUGAUGAUAAUGAUGAGGCUUCACGGUUAAUCCGGGAGAUGCGUUUUCACUCGUGUCGGAUUUACGGGCUGUUUCUUCAGUGGGAUCUUUCGCGUGACAAUGACCUCCAGCCGCAGCACGAGCGAGAAGCACGAGCACGCGCCCGUGGUUCGAUGCGCACGACGACAGGACCUCGUUUCGCUCAAAUCGCUGCUGAGUUGAGUCACAACCGAGAAGAAGAGGAAGAAGAAGAGGAGGAGGACACCCGGCGACUCAAGAAGUGGUGAAAGACGCGGAGUGGCGGCGCGCAGCGGCAGCGGUGAUGGAGCUGUCCGAGGUCCGCUGCUCCAGCGCCAGCGAGGAGCUUUACACUAUCAACAAGACCCCGAGCAGCAGCAACAACAGCAACAGCAGCAGCGGCAACAGCAGCGGCAACGGCAGCGGCAGCAGCAGCGACAGCGGCGGCAAUGCGCGACCCAAACGGCUGCUGUGGCAGAACGCGGUGCGGCACAUUACCGAGCAGCGCUUCAUCCACGAGCAGAGCGGCGUAGCAGUGAAGGGCAUCGGGUCCGACGAGCCCUACGACCCGAGCCACGACGCGCGCAAGCAGUCUGCGGGUCGCACGUCGGUGGGAGACCGGCACAACAACGGCGGCACCAAAGUGUUCCCGGAGCGCGGCAGCAGCGACCUGGGCUUCUUGCAGAUCGACUGCGCGCCGAGCAACUCUGACUUCUUCCUGAACUGGGGCUACACAUACCGAGGUGUCAUCUUCCCGACACUGAGGAACGCGUUCAAAUCCCGCGACCUGGAGCGUCUGUACCAGCGCUACUUCCUGGGCCAGAGGCGUAAAUCAGUGGUGGUGAUGAACAUCCUGGACGUGGUGACCAAACUCACACUGCUGGUCCUGCACCUGACACUGGCCUCGUCCCCCAUGGACCCCAUCAAAGGAACUCUGCUGGGCUUCUUCACGGGCAUCGAGGUGGUCAUCUGUGCCUUAGUGGUGGUGAGGAAGGACACCACGUCACACGGCUACCUGCAGUACAGCGGCGUGGUCACAUGGGUGGCCAUGGCCACGCAGAUCCUGGCUGCAGGUCUGGGUUAUGGUCUGCUUGGAGACGGUGUGGGCUAUGUCUUGUUCACGUUGUUCGCCACCUACAGUAUGUUACCUCUGCCGCUCACCUGGGCCAUCCUGGCCGGACUCUUCACUGCAGGGCUCCACCUGCUGGUCAAGCUGCUCAUCUCCCACAAUGUACCACUGUCCACCAACCAGGUGGCAGCUCAGUCCGUGUUGUUCAUGUGUAUGAACACCGCUGGGAUCUUCAUCAGUUACCUGUCAGACCGUGCUCAGCGUCAGGCCUUUCUGGAGACACGGCGCUGCAUCGAGGCUCGACUGAGACUCGAGACGGAAAACCAGAGACAGGAGAGACUGGUGCUGUCAGUCCUGCCGCGGUUCGUCGUUUUGGAAAUGAUCAACGACAUGACGAACGUGGAAGACGAACAUCUGCAGCAUCAGUUCCACAGAAUCUACAUCCACCGCUACGAGAACGUCAGCAUUCUUUUCGCAGAUGUCAAAGGUUUCACAAACCUGUCCACUACGCUGUCUGCGCAGGAGCUCGUACGAAUGCUCAAUGAACUGUUUGCACGAUUUGACCGCCUCGCACAUGAGCAUCACUGUCUAAGGAUAAAGAUCCUGGGUGACUGUUACUACUGUGUGUCUGGUUUACCUGAGCCCAGACAAGACCACGCCCAUUGCUGUGUGGAGAUGGGCCUCAGCAUGAUCAAGACCAUCAGAUACGUGAGAUCGCGGACGAAACACGACAUCGACAUGCGUAUUGGGAUCCACUCGGGCUCGGUGCUGUGUGGCGUGCUGGGACUCAGGAAGUGGCAGUUUGACGUCUGGUCCUGGGACGUGGACAUCGCCAACAAGCUGGAGUCUGGAGGAAUCCCGGGACGGAUCCACAUCUCCAAAGCGGCGCUGGAUUGUCUGAACGGCAGCUACGAGGUGGAGGAAGGCCACGGCAAGGACCGCAACGACUUCCUGCGGCGCCACAACAUCGAGACGUACCUGAUCAAGCAGCCAGAGGAGGGUCUGCUCACGCUGCCCGAGGACAUCAUGAAGGAGGCGGCCAGUUCGGCUGACCGCCGUGCCAGCAGCGCCACUUUCAAUGAGGCCUCGUGGAGUCCUGAGCUUCCCUUUGACAACAUUGUGGGGAAGCAGAACACUCUGGCUGCCCUAACGAGAAAUUCAAUUAAUCUGCUUCCAAACCAUCUCGCACAAGCUUUGCAUGUCCACUGUCCUGAGGAAAUUAACAUGCGAAUAGAGAACGCCAUCGACUUACGGAGGGGCGAUAAGUUGAGACAAGAGCAUAUCAAGCCUUCUCUGAUGUUUAAAGACUCCGGCCUGGAAGAGAAGUACUCUCAGAUGAGGGACGAGGUCUUCAAGUCCAACCUGGUGUGCGCCUUCAUCGUGCUCAUCUUCAUCACCACCAUCCAGAGUCUGCUUCCAUCUGCCAGGAUGGUAACCAUGGUGAUCCAGUUCUCCAUCCUCAUCAUCCUCCACUCCUGCCUGGUCCUGGUCACGACGGCAGAGGACUACAAGUGUCUCCCCCUGCUGCUGAGGAAGGCCUGCUGCUGGAUCAACGAGACAUACACAGCACGGAACGUCAUCAUCUCCGUUUCAAUCCUCAUCAACUUCCUCGCAGCCAUGAUCAAUAUACUGUGGUGCGACUUCGACAAGUCCAGCACCUUCAGGAACCAGACGUUCAACGAGUCCACCUCAAUCCCAGACAUCUGCUUCUACCCAGAGUAUUUCGUGUUCACCGGCGUGCUGGCGAUGGUGACGUGCGCUGUUUUCCUGCGUCUGAACUCAGUGUUGAAGUUAGCGGUGCUGCUGGUGAUGAUCGCCGUGUACUCGCUGCUGACCGAAGCGUUCUACAGCUCACUGUUCGUCCGCUAUGACACCGUCCACCACAACACGGAGAACUUCCUGGGAACUAAAGAGACGUCGUUGCUGCUGAUGGCCAUGUUCCUCCUUGCAGUCUUUUACCACGGACAGCAGCUGGAGUACACGGCCAGACUUGACUUCCUGUGGAGAGUUCAGGCCAAAGAGGAGAUCAACGAGAUGAAGGAGCUGCGCGAGCACAACGAGAACAUGCUGAGGAACAUCCUGCCCAGUCACGUGGCCCGACACUUCCUGGAGAAGGACCGUGACAACGAGGAGUUGUACUCGCAGUCGUACGACGCGGUAGGCGUGAUGUUCGCCUCAAUCCCGGGCUUCGCCGACUUCUACUCACAGACAGAGAUGAACAACCAGGGCGUGGAGUGUCUGAGGCUCCUCAACGAGAUCAUCGCCGACUUUGACGAGCUGCUCGGCGAGGAGCGUUUCCAGGACAUCGAGAAGAUCAAGACCAUCGGCAGCACCUACAUGGCCGUCUCCGGUCUGUCGCCUGAGAAACAGCAAUGUGAAGAUAAAUGGGGUCACUUGUGUGCGUUGGCAGACUUUGCCAUCGCCCUCAACGAGAGCAUCCAAGAGAUCAACAAGCACUCCUUCAACAACUUUGAACUGAGGAUCGGUAUGGCUCAUGGCUCGGUGGUGGCGGGUGUGAUCGGUGCCAAGAAGCCACAGUACGACAUCUGGGGGAAGACGGUGAAUCUGGCCAGCCGAAUGGACAGCACAGGCGUGAGUGGGAUGAUCCAGGUCCCAGAGGAGACCUACCUGAUACUCAAGGAACGUGGCUUUGCCUUCGAGUACCGUGGUGAGAUCUACGUGAAGGGCAUCAGUGAGCAAGAGGGCAAGAUCCGCACGCACUUCUUGCAUGGUCGGGUACAACCCAAUCCGCUCAUCAUGCAGCCACGCAAAAUCACUGGCCAGUACUCACUGGCAGCUGUCGUGCUGGGCCUGGUGCAGUCUCUCAACCGGCAGAAGCAAAAGCAGAUUCUCAAUGAGAACAACAACUCGGGAAUCAUGAAGGGCCACCACCACUACAACCGCAGGACGUUGUUAGCACCCGGUGGCUCCGAAGUGGGAGGGGGACAUCACGCUGAAGUAGCCGAUAAAACUGAGUUGUCCUGAAAAGCAGACCGGAGAUCUAGUUCCACUCAGAUUUCUCUUUAGGCAAAGAUUGGCCCAGUGGUUCAGUUAAACCUCAGUGGAUUCAACAAAAAAUAGCUGUAACAUUAUAACAGUAAAACUGCUGACCAAUGCAUUGGUGAGUUCUUAGUCUGGUUCAAGAUCCAGAUCAGAUUGGGUCGGUGCAGAUACACCUCGUUCAGUCCUGGUAUUAACAUUCUUCCUCAGUGCUAAGUUCAGGUCUGAACACUCCCAACCCGUCCUGAAUGCGUCCUCAGAUUCGAUCACAGAACACAUUCCGGGGAGGUUUAAGGACGCAUGUGACCGCACAAGAGACCAACUCUCUGCAUGAAAGACAUUUUAUCAUCUCUAGUAUUCUGUAGUGAUCCACUUUGAUCUUACGUGAUCCAUGGCGAUUGCGCAUGCUCCCUAUCAGGACAACACUGUCCAGUCCAGUUGGGGGCGCUCUCUUGUGUUGUUUAAAAGAGACUGAAGAAGAAGGGAACCAUGGAAACCUGUUUGAGGUUAUAUAAGGAAGUCUGCUGGUACCAGCAGAUGUACAAGUCAGGGCUCAAAGAACACAAGGACAUACAAAAGAAGACAAACUCCUGGAGGGACAUAGUCACGGGUAAAGUUGAUCAUAAGAAAACAACUGUGAAACAAGUCUUUAUGGAUGCAGAAUGCAGUAUGACCUCUCCCUUACUCUGAUUUAUUUGUAGCCACCACAGUAUUAACACUGACAGUCCAAGGAUUUCUUCUUCUACUGUUUUCAUCCGUACAACCAGACUCGUUAAAAACACCUUUCCGUUCUCGCAAACAGGGACAGGUGAAGCCAGAUCCACGUGUGGUCACAGGACACACAUUCAGGACGCAUUCUAAUGCAAGGUGUGGACCGUCGCACUUUUCUUCAUCCACAUGUGAUCAGAUCACGAAGGACAGAUGUUGAUACCAGGUCUGAACAGGUCCAGAGGUUCAAGUGGGUCUCAGGACAAGUGUGGCUGAUGUGUGCACAGAGACAUCAACAAAACAAAUACAUUCCAAUACCGUUUUUGGCACACAACAUUUCUGGAUUUGAGGUUACCUUUUCUUUUUCCAAAACCUAACUAUGACUCUCCAGAGAUAUACAUGCAGAGGCCUGAAGUCGUCAAACUGCAGCCACAUUUAAAUCCUACAGGGGUUUUUUACUUGUGGUUGAUGAAUUACAUCUGAAAAUAAGCACAAAUUAUAUCAUGUUGCAAACUUGAAAGUUGAGUCCCUCGCAGACUGGUAAGAGGUACAGUUCAGUUAGUUCAGUAACCAGGGAACCAAAAUAACCAGUUCAUACUGUCCUACUUUUUGGCUCCCUACUGUUGGUGUACAAUGAUGUACCCUCUAAUGGGUGGAGGUAGACUCAUUGCAGUCCUUUGAUUGGUAGAUAGAAACCCAUCAUUUCCGGGCAACAAGGAGAAUUUCUUGGCAGUCGGCACAGCGAGGUUUGCAGUAGUGUAAUGUCAUGCUAUUGACUUGGCUGACGCAGUGGAAAUGCUAGCCAGAUCCGGGUUUACCGUUCUGAACUAUGUGGCAGAAAGAAACUUGAGUGUUGCUGUCAAAAAAACUAUUAACAAAAUCAAGACCAGACAAGGUAAGAAAAGGUAAGAACAAGACCAGUCCACUGUACAGGAAUGCCCAGCCAGGGUCCUGGUUUUAGGCUGGGUCCCUAAAAGUCCUGGGAUAAAAUAUGAAACCCUACAAGCCACCAGCACAACCUUUCAUGACAGAACCUCAUACUCAGACUAGUUAGGACAGAAAUAAUGGCAGAUGGUGGUUGAUAGGGUGCUGUGGCCCUUAAGAGCAGCCGUGACUGACCAAUUUUUGUUUACCAGAUGCCACACUCUGUUUUGCGACACUCUCGUGAACCUUUCGUCUUUAUGCGUUAAUUCUCAUACGGUGGUUAGUCUUAGGCUAGCAUUUAGCUUAGCAGUGACGUUGUGUAGUAAAAUACAACUAUGGAAGUGAACGAGAUAAACACAUCACACUGUUAAUCCGCUCCUACUAAUCGUGGUGGAAAUUCCCUAACCUUGACGCCUGGGUCUGGGGACAACAAACUUGACCUGAAAGAGACAUAUGUUCCAGGUUCCUGAUGAUACACGUUUCUUCCUCAGUUUCACACUGAUCUACAGGUUUCAGUCACAGAUGUCUUCAUCCAUACAUGUGUGUGCAGGGACAAAUGGACCCUGUUCUAGGACAAUGUCCAUGUGUGGCCCAUAAUUGUCACCAUACACGAAGGCUCCAGGAAAGUAAUACAGACAUGUGUUGAACGCAAGAUUGUGGCUAAAUAUCGGAGAAGAUUAAGAUCGUGGAUGUAAAUAAUGCAGGUUACAAAUGAACAGCUGGUUUGGGAAAAUGUUUCCAGAGGGAACAAAGAGACUCAAACACAGUUCCUAACACCUCAAGGACACACACCUGAAUGUAAACAGCAACGGUGUUUAUAAGAAAACUCCACAGGGCAUCUUUAUGAGGCUAACGAGCAGGUUAGCUAAUUAAAAAGGACAGUUACAAGUUUGUGAUGAGCCUGAGACUCACAGGUUGACUUAACAAGAGACUCUGCAAAUAAAAUCUACGCCAGUUUAAGUCUACAAUAACUUAAGAAGUAUAUGGUCACUGCUUUGUUGAGUUAAGCUAAAAUGUCUUUGUCCUUGUGUCCCUCCUGGCAGCCAUGUUUACACUAAGAGUCAGCCUUCACGUGUCUCAGGCUACCACACUUGACAAAACCCGAAUCACCCCUUUAACCAGGAAAACCAGUUAACUAACCUGUUGACCUUCCAUGAACAUCAGGUUAGCUAAAACACUUCUCUGGACAUUUCCACUGAGGUUUAACUCGACCAGUAAAAUCAUUCCCUUCUCCUGAAUCAAUGCCACUUUCGAUGAAUGUUUGGAGAACUGAAACUCCACUCCACUCCACUAUUCCUGAAGGGGGCAAUGUUGGUGGUAGUGGAGGCAGGGAGGGAGGGGGUCAGGACUGUUUUCAUCCACCCUUGCUCUUUUCAAUGUGUGUUGGACUGAUCUAUUCCUCUCGUCGUUUCCUGUUCCCCUUUUUACAUCGCCCUUUUCCUGCCCGAACUCCAGAGACCUUGUCCCCGCCCAGACCCGCUCCUGGUGUUGGUAUUUCUUUUUUGUAUUUCUUUUAUAUAUGACAACACAAUAAAAAAGGGGGUCUAAUUUUUUAUUUAAAAAAA